AUGGCUCCCGCAAACAAGAUCCAAGACAUUUUCAACGUAAAUGGUCUCGUCGCCGUGAUCACCGGCGGAGGAAGCGGCCUCGGGCUGUACGCGGCGCGGGCGCUCGACGCCAACGGGGCAAAGGCAGUCUACAUUGUCGGACGCCGCGAAUGGACGCUGCAAGAAGCAGUCAAGACGGCCGUGAACGGAAACAUAAUCCCCAUUGUCGGCGACGUCACCAACAAGGAGUCACUGCUCAAGGUGGCCGAGCAGGUCCGCAAGGAGCAGGGUUAUGUCAAUCUUCUCUUUGCGAACGCGGGCGUUUCUGGCCCCCGGGACAGCGCGGCUCUCAAGAAGGAUGGUGGAGGCAAGCUGUCUGUCCAGGAGGUGCAGCAGAGACUCUUUGAGCCUCCGAUGGAAGAUUUCACCCGAGUACUGCAUGUCAAUGACACCGCCGUCUACUACACGACGAUUGCCUUCCUAGACCUUUUGGAGACGGGAAACAAGAAGAGAAACGUGCCGCAGGAUUCGCAAGUCAUUGUCACCGGGUCCGUAGCCGGCUUCAGUCGAUUUCUAGCCUCGAGUUUCUCCUACUCCGUGUCCAAGGCGGCCGCAGUCAACUUGGUGAAGAUGCUCUCCACAUUCUUCGCGUCCGAAGGGUUGCACAUUCGCGCAAACCUGAUUGCGCCAGGCCUGUACCCGAGCGAGAUGACUACGGGGCAGACGGACACGAUGGAGAAAUUUCCAGGCGUUCCGGGACAUGACGGAGCUCAUGAAGGUGCAUAUGUAAUGGAAAGCAAGAGGUCACCGGCAGAACGGACAGGAAGUGAAGAGGACUUUGCUGGUGCCGUGCUCUUCCUGGCGAGCCGAGCAGGUGCAUACAUCAAUGGAGAGACACUACUGACGGACGGUGGCCGAUUAAGUCAACUGCCCGGUACUUAUUAA